AUGUUUGUUUCGGUUUUCUCUGGCGUUGCUGCUGCAGCAGCUCGUGCUGCUGCUGCACGGCAGCAGCAGCAGCAAAACCCAAGCAGCAGCACCAAGACGAACCCUGAAAAAAACAAACAAAAACAUCAGCAGCAACAAGUAAAAGGAGACAGAAAAGGAGACAGAAGAGGAGACACAGCAAGAGACAGACGGCAGCAGCAGCAGCAGCAGCAGCAGCAGCAGGAGACAAGCAGCAGAAGCAGCAAAAGCAGCAGCAGCAGGAGACAAACAGCAGCAGCACCAGCAGCAGCAACAGCAUCAGCAACAACUGCAGCAGCAACUGCAGCAGCAACUACAGCAGCAACUGCAGCAGCAACAGCAACAGCAACAGCAGCAGCAGCAGCAGCAACAGCAGCAGCAGCAGCAGCUGACGUAGAAGCAGCGAAGAUGAGCCUGCUGCAGCAGCAGCUGCUGCAGCAAGAAGCGCGUCAGCAGCAGCAGCGGCAGCAGCAGCAGCAAAACCCAAGCAGCAGCACCAAGACGAACCCUAAAAAAAACAAACAAAAACAUCAGCAGCAACAAGUAAAAGGAGACAGAAGAGGAGACACAGCAACAGACAGACGGCAGCAGCAGCAGCAGCAGCAGCAGGAGACAAGCAGCAGAAGCAGCAGGAGACAAACGGCAGCAGCAGAAGCAAUAGCAGCAGCAACAGUAGCAGCAAUAGCAGCAGCAACAGCAUCAGCAACAACUGCAGCAGCAACUGCAGCAGCAACUACAGCAGCAACUGCAACAGCAGCAGCAACAGCAACAGCAACAGCAGCAGCAGCAGCAGCUGACGUGUAUGUCUCUGUUGCUGCACUCCCUGCGUUGUCUUUUGCCUGCAGCAGCGGCAGCACAGCAGCACCAGUAACAGGCUGCGACAGCUGCUGCAGCAGUAUAUACACCUGA